AUGAAUACCAUUUUCCAUUCGGCCACCUUCAUGCAACGACUCAGUGAGGGAUCUGCGUCAAAGAUUAUCGUCUAUGCAAUCUGCGCCCUCUCUGCACGGUACUCGCACCACGAAACCCUUCAAGCCACUCUACCCUCGGGGCGAGGGAAGAUAUAUGCGGACGAAGCCUUCCGCCUUCUACAUCCCAAGCUUGUCACUCCUAGUCUGGAAACAGUCCAGGCGUAUCUCCUUUUGGGCCAGUUCUUGGGAGGCGAAGGAGAGUACCGGACCAAACAUAUCUAUGUGGGCAUUGCCCGUCUUCACGCCGAAGUCAUCCGACUGUGGGAAAUCCCGGACGACCUCGCUGUCGUGGACCGCGAAGAGCGCCGUCGCGCCUGGCUUACAGUCCGCAUAUCCUACCAGUGGAGUGCGACGGACAUGGGCACGGAGUCGAUCGCCGUGCCCUGCAGCCAGCUCAAUCUACCCUGCGUUGACGACCUUUCUUUCCAUACGGGCCCCGCGGCUAGCCUGCAAGAAGGCAGUGGUCCCGCCGAACCACAAUACGGAUUGUGGUACCAAAUGGCUGGUACGCUGGAGAUAUUCGACAAGAUCACCUGCCUUCUUCGACAACUCAGCCAGAGCGAUGGUAUUUCAUUUACCACCUACUGCACUGAAGCUCCGCUCUUAGCCCAGAAGCUCAGGCAGUGGGCCAAUAACCUCCCAGAGACUCUGCAGUACUCCAUAUCCAAUUUACAGAUCCUCUCGGAACUAGGCCUGGGAAGGACAUUCUUAGCCAUGCACAUCGGAUACCACCAUUUCUAUCAGAUGUUACACUUCCCAUUCUUAAAUGUUUCCUUGGCCCCAGGCUCGACACAGUUUUCUCAGGGGACCAGCUUCUUCCGCGAUGGUGCUCUGAAGUGCAAAAAUAGUGCCAAUGUCGUGUCAGAAAUUGUCCAGACUGCGUCCACUAAGAAGGACUGCGAGCUACUUUGCCAUCUCUAUGCCCACGUUACCGUGGUUAGCUCCUGCGUCCAUCUGCAUACGCUCCUUCUCGGUGAAGAUGCGCAAGAACUGACAGCGGCUCGAGAGCGUCUGCUCUUGAACUUCCGCUAUCUGAUGAUUCUAAAAGCUUACUGGCCAGCUGUGGACCGUUCUGCCCACCGGUUACUGGUCUUCCAAGACCUUUGCCGGGAUUCCAUCUCCAAUUCAUUUACUUUGGAUAAUUGGAUGGCACGGUUUCUGACAGAGCCAACCUCUAUAAUCGCCGAGCGAGAGGACACGCAGCUCGCGAAUCCGUUCACAGGCCAGCCGGAGAUUUCUACCCUCUUACAGGCUACCCAAGAUGCAAGUGGGCUAGCCAUAACCACCGACACUGCGGACAUCCCAGGCGAAUGGUCUUUGAGCACGGUACCGGGGUUCGAUCCCCACUCGAGCAUGUUUUCCUCGCUACUCAACGACCGCGACUUAACUACUGAAGACCUGGUGAAGAAUUCUCUUGAAUGGUUACUAGAAUAA